UGAAAUUAUAUUUUGCUUUAACUCACGCAGUACUUUACAUUGUACUUUCUUCCAGAAACGGCCGAGGCCGAUAACCAAGAUUGUAUCGAGGGCACGCCUCCAUCCAUCUAUAUGUCUCCCAUAAAGCCGGAUUUGUUAGGCAUCCCGAAAGAUCAAGAUUUACCUCAACCUCACCCACUCACUCACCCACCUCGUGUCACCUCAGAGUCUGGAACGCCGCCUCAACCAAAGAAAAGAAAGUUACUCUUCACACCGUCCACAGGGAUAAUUCCGGCAUUGGAGGCGCCUGUUAACCCUGUGGCGGUGGAAAUAGAAUUCGUCGGAUUUACACCUGAGUCUACCACUUCGGCAAUGCCAGGAUCUGGAAGAAGUGCCGCAUCGUACGAGAUCGGAGUCGACAGUGAUGUCGAUGAGGAAAUUGACGUCAACGUCGGUAGCGACAUUGACGAAGACGCUGACGUCGAUGACCUCAUCGACAUUUCGGCAGUGCGGCAGCGGAACGUCUUCGAAUUCCCUACGGAGUUCGAGGGUUCCGAGGAUCCUGGCCUUGCGGAAGUGGUACACCAGCUAGACGUGAAGAGCGACGUUCGUCUUCGGGCUAUGACGGAGUCCGAAGACUUUAUUAACUUUGAUUGGCGGAGCAAUCCAGAUAACUUCGAAGGAGUUAGGGAAGAGUUUAUCGGGCCUUCUGGCCCAACAUUUGAUAUCUCUGAACUAACUCCUUUGGAGAUAUUUGAGGAAAUUUGGGAUGCCAAUAUUAUCGCUCUCAUUGUCCGCGAAACCAACCGGUAUGGGCGACAAUUGCAGCAUAAUAAUGCUUCAAAACCCAGCUCCAGAUUAAGUCGGUGGAGAGAUACCACAAACGACGAGAUCUGGACGUUUUUUGGCAUUAUUAUGCUGCAAUCGCUCGUUGUGGUCAAUUGUGAGCGAGAAUACUGGUAUCCCAAAAUGGAACAGCUGCGAGUCGGGAAUUUCGGGGAGCUCAUGGGCUACAACCGCUUCUUGCUUCUUAAAAGAUGUCUACACUUUGUAGACAACACCUCCUUGCCCGCACAUACCAACAAACUCCACAAAGUUAUGCCGGUGAUUGAACAUCUCAAUCAAAGAUUUAGCUCUUUAUACCUACCUGAGCAAAAUGUGGCAAUUGACGAGUCGCUCCUUUUAUGGAAAGGGCGACUGUCCUUCGCACAGUUAAUUGCUACAAAACGGGCUAGGGUUGGUAUAAAGAGCUAUGAAUUGUGCGAGUCAAGAACCGGCUAUUUGUGGAAGAUGGAGGUAUAUACGGGCAAGGGGCACGUCCACGUGCCGCAAGAGGCACCACAAGAAGCGGAUGUAACCCAUGAGGUUGAGGAUGAGCCCGGGAGUGCCACGUCUCAAAUUGUGUUUAGCUUGAUGAGACCCUUGUUCAAUAGAGGCCAUACACUGGUUAUGGACAAUUUUUAUACCGCCCCUUUAUUAUCAAGGCUUUUAAAGGCUAAACACAAAACUGAUACGAUGGGCACUCUUCGGUUGAACAGGGAAUUUGUCCCUGAGUCCCUCAAAGGGAAAAACAAAAAAAACAUGAAGGCGGGAGAGGUUUGUUUUAGCACAACCAAAGAUUUGAGUGUGGUUGUGUGGUUGGAUAAGAGCGUGGUGGCCAUGCUGUCUACGUUCCACGACAUCAAGGUCGGCGGAAAAGAAAAGUACGGCUACUUCAGGUACAAGCCUGAAGUAGUCUUAGACUAUAACCUCUCCAUGGGCGGCAUAGAUCAUAAAGAUCAAAUGCUUCAUGCCUACCCCGUGGAGAGAGUGCGCAACAUGGUCUGGUACAAAAAACUUUUCCGCCGACUUUUGAACGUCUCGAUACAGAAUGCGUACGUAAUCUAUAAACACAACCACACUCGAAUCGGAAAUAGGGAUUUCCGAUUGCAGUUGGCAGAACAAAUACUGCAGAAGCACAAACCAUUAGCCGUGCCUCGACCACCAGCGCUACCAGCCACACCGUCAGAAAUGCAUUUGCCAUUGAAAAAUGUGCGUGCGCAGCGAUGCAAGUUGUGCCACGCUGCCAAAGUGCGUCGAACGACGGUGUGGAUGUGUGGCACCUGUAACGUCAACUUAUGCAUUGAGGGAUGCUACAGUGCUUACCACACAAGGUAAAUUAAGUGAUGAUGCAAUCUAAGAUGGCAGCGGGCUAACCUGGAAGGGGCACGGCAGUGUUGUGCUUCAACUUGUAGUCUAAGAUGGCAGCGGGCUAACCUGGAAGCUUAUAGAAAAUUGUAAAUUCUUUGUUUUGUUUUUUUUUUUUUUUUGUUUAUGUCAGUUGACAUUUUUCUUAAUUAAUUUAUCUCUUUUUAGUGAAAAUUUAAACCUCUCUCGCCAUUAGUAAAAUUUUAAUCAUUUUCCAACAAGAAAAUGAUUAAAAUUUUUUUUUUUUUCUUUUUUUCUUCAACAUUUUCUUCUUGCAGCUCUUCCCCCCUUGCUCCGCCGACAAUUUGUGAUAAUUUUCUUAAUUUAUUUUCAUAACCUCGUGAGUGGCCAUGUGGCUCGUUUACUCUGAGUAUUUUUUAUUUAUUUUCAUAACCUCGUGAGUGGAGAUGUGGCUCAGUUUACUCUGAGUAUUUUUAAUUUAUUUUCAUGACCUCGUGAGUGGCCAUUAAAUUUUUGUAAUGAGUAUUCUUAUAUAAAUUAAGAUAAUUACACAAAUUAAGAUAAGGCGAAGAACGAAGGGACGUUAUUAUAUAUUUUCGUAUUUUUUUUUUU